ACUGGGACAAAUCACUCGUUUUGGAUAAAUCUUCUUGGACAGGGGACGCAGGCUCAAAACUGGGACUCUCCCGGGUAAACAGGGACGUCUGGUCACCCAAAUUUUGCGUAACAUGGAACUUUUAACGCCGCAUGUUGAAGAAGCCCAGUGAAAACCCCUCGCAGCACCGGAGGGGGGCGCGCUGCUCUCAAAGAAAACAUUGUCAGAAACAUGGCGUCCAGCGCAGGGCUCCGAAGCUGCACGGUGGCUCUGCAGGCGCUCCCCAACUGGGCUCUCCCCCCGACGGAACCGACGCGCAAAGAUCCGUCCGCGAAGCCCAAGAAGCGCCUGAGCGAGAAGGCGAAAAGCGCCAAACGCGAACGGGACCGACACCGCUACAAAACCCGCGUCAACGUGCUCAAGUCGUACCCGAGGUGGAAGGAUCUGCGCUUGAGGCUCGGGUUCACUCUGGACUCCGAACUGGCCGAGCAUCUACUAGACAGUUACGAGAAGUUCAUUAAAAUCACCUCAUCUGACAAACCAGCGAACACCGGAGCCAAAUCUGGAAAUGAGUCAGAAAAGUGCCCGGCCUGUGGCUUUGUCUUGAAGGUCGAGCCCCAAAGCAUCAAAGUGACUCUGGAGAUGGAGCGGGGAGAGGAGGCCGCGAGCAGCGAAGACGGCGGCGACUCGAGCAACGGCGACAGCGACGAUGAAGACGACGAGGACGACGACGAAGACGACGAUGAAGAUGAAGAGAGCGAGGGGUCCAAAGUGAAGAAAAAAAAGAACUUAAAAAAGGAGGAGGAGGAACGCGAGACAUCAAAGAACGGAGAAGAGGACGAAGACGAAUACGAGGAUUUCGAUGACAGCGACGAGAGCGAUGAGAGCGAUGAGGGGAAGAGGAAGAGAAGGGGGGACUCGGACAAUGAGUGGACUCCUGAACAGAGCCAACAGACUACGAACCAAAAGCAGCAGCAGCAGCAGGAGGACGGCGAAGCGAAAGAGCCCAAACGCAGAGGGCCCAAACGGAGAAAGAAGCAGCUUUGCAUUGACUGUGGAUUGUUUUAUAAGAAGGUCCACAAAUGCAAAGACAAAGACAAACCGAUCGUGUGCACCGUCUGCGGCCGAAGAUUCGACUCCGAGCCCGCUCUGAAGAUCCACAGCUACAUGCACUCGGAGACCCACGAAUACCUCUGCAAGUUCUGCUACGCCGGCUUCCGAACCAAAGUGGACAAGCUGACGCACGAGCUGGUCCACAUCAAGAGCAAGGAUCCUUUCCAGUGUCCGGAGUGCGAUAUGUCGUUUCCGAGUUUCCGGAAACGCGCGGCGCACAGGAUAGAGCACAAAAAGGAUAAGUACAAGUGCGACAUCUGCGGGAUCGGGUUCGGCGAGGAGCAGCACCUCCUGAGACACGUGGUGGUGCAUUCGGGGGAGAGGCCGUUCAAGUGCUUCGUGUGCGAGCGAGGUUUCAAACAGGAGUCUCACCUGAAAUCCCACAUGCGCCUUCACACCGGGGAGCGGCCGUACAGCUGCAAACUCUGCCACAAGUCCUUCAAUCACAACGUGAGCCUGAAGAGCCACGUCCAGCGGUACCACCCGGAGCUCAGGGAGGUGAAGGAGGAGGAGGAGGCGGCGGCGGCGGAGAAAAAGGAGGAGAACAACGAGCAGACGAAGGAAGGGGAGACGUCCGAGAAGCCCAAGCCCAAGUACAAAUACAAACGGCCCCCGAGCGGUCGACCCAGGGGCAGACCCAGAAGAAACCCGAGCGAGAAACUGGAGAGCACCCGAAGGAAAAUCUAUCAGAUGAAACCGGAGCCGCAACUACCGCCCGAACCCGAACCCAGCUACGAAAGCGAAGAGGACUUUACCUGGUCUCAAGAGUGGAUUAGGCUUUAUAAAUCACUGAAAGCUGUAAACUAGGUGUAAACUUUCGAACAUCAGGCAGGGGGCGCUCUACUCUUAAAGCAGAACUAAGUAACUUUUAACGACAGAGCCCCCCCCCCCCCCCCACCCCAACCUCACCCCACCCGUCGUGUUACUGAAAUUCCGUUACUGUGCUUUACUGAGGACUCCCGCUGCCAGCUCAGUCCUCUCAGUUACCUCUACGGCCUACGGCAUCAGAGGUAUAAUACUCCCUACAACAGGACAGGACUAGACUGGAACGGACAACACUAUCACGGUGUCUCGAGGCGUCUGGUCCCGUACUGAUCGUGAAUGAACUCAACGAAGCCUGAUGCCUUUUUAAUUCUCUGGCUACAACAAUUUAUUAAUUUAUUCUACAAAACCCUGCGACUCCCUUACGAGAAAAUCAAGAACAGACUCAAAAGUGCUUUUUCCUGAUCUUUUUUUGAUGAAAUAAUGCAGUAUAAUCACAGACAAAAAAGGAGAACUCUCUUCUGGUCGAGUUUGAGGGAGACAACGGACGUUUCAAACACCUCAAACAUGUUUCCCUGAGCAGCCAGUCCCUUCUACAUUCUUUUUGAGUCCUGAAAGGGUCUGAAAAUGGACCGAAGAGCGAGAAAAACCUCCGUCCAAACUUGGGACAGUCCAACCACAGGAGCUCUUUCGUGCCACGUGUCCCUCAAAUGCAGAAGACGUCUCCUCUUGAAAAUAUUUGUAUCCUUCAGAACAAAAUAUAUCACUUCUUGAACCUGAAAUAAGUAAGAGUUUGGUGCGUUGAUAUCUGCUGUUUCUCAGUCCUCAGUUGCCACGUUUACAUGAGAGCUUUAAUUCCGAAUAAAAAUAAUUUAAUUCUGAAUAAAAAAUUAUUCCACUUUAAAAAGAUCAUGUAAACACUUCCUAAUGAUGAUUAUUAAACUUAAUUCCAAAGUAAGUGGGAGGUUUAUUCUGAUUUUAAAGCAGAAUUAAUUUAUUCCUCGAUCAUGUUUCAUGUUUAUUCUUCUUAAAGAUAAUGUCGGUGGUUCACUUCAUGCUCGUUGUGUCGCCCUUCGAUCCGGCAACUGCAGUCCUGCAAACUAAAUAUGAGAGCAAAGUAAAAUAUACAAAUGAUGAAUGUAAGAAUAUCAUGUAUAAUUUGUGCUGGAUAUUUUAUUUGGCAUUAAGCAGCAGAUCGUCACCAGUUUACGGAAGCCGAGAGGGUCACAACAAACGCAAACGCCGCAACAAAUACAAAUGCGACAACACAACAAAAGCCGCAACACAUUAAAAAGCCACAACAAACCAAAAAAAAGCCACAACGGAAGUGACCGCGGGACUCUAUUUUCAGACGGACCGAUCAAGCGGCAAGUGAAGAAGAAGAACUACAACGUGAAACGAAUAAUGAUAAAAAAAUAAAUUACUUUUACUUACGUUUCCAACUUCUCCCGUGGUCACUUCUUUUGUGGCUUUUUGAUGUGUUGUGGCAUUUGUGUUGUGGCAUUUGUAUUUGUUACGGCGUUUGCAUUAAAAUAGAGUCCCGCGGUCAUUUCCGUUGUGACUUUUUAAUGUGUUGUGGCUUUUUGUUGUGUUGUCGCAUUUGUAUUUGUUGCGGCGUUUGCCUUUGUUGUGACCCGUCUCGGCUUCCGCACCCGUCCCAUACGCCGCGCGGAGAGUCCUCCCAUCCCGUACGUCACGCGGGCUGCGCCACUAAAUCAGAACUAAACCAGGUCUAAAAACGGGUCUAAAACCAGGACGAUUUAGCCAGGACUUAACCAUGCCGCUGGACCGCCCACCGCGCCUCCUCCCAUACGCAGCCCAAUUCCUUUCACUUCUCCGUGUUUGAUAGAGCUUAAGAAAGCGAACGUCCCCAUCCUGCGGGACAAAAUAUCGCAGAUGUGGGCCGGAGCAGGACUGAAAAUUCUGCUCUGCUUCUGACCUCUGCUUCACAAUUAUCAUCGGAAUCAUUGCGGAAAAAGUUUGGAUCAUGUUUGUGUCCGUGGCGUAACGACAAACCGAGAUGACAGAAAAACUGGUAGCAGCUUCCUGACCACGUAAAUAUGUUCGUGUCUUUGUCCAAUCAGAGCCCUUCCCCACCCCCAGACGCUGAACGGAAUUAAAUAAAGACGAUUUAACAAGUUCCUCAAUUCAGAAUUAUUAUUUCAGUGUAAACUUUCCAAACUAUUUAAUUCAGAACUUCGGAAUUUAAACAAAAACAUCAUGUAAACGUGGCUGGUGCUAAUUUUUUUUCUUUAUGUAAGCAGCAAUGUUUGUUUUAAUCCGAACGGAGCAUGCCUCUCUCUGAUUGGUUAAUCCGCCUGUCAAUCACUCCCUCAGAAAUCAGGGAGACAAGGACACAGCUUCAGAUCCACUCGUCUUUGUAAAGUUUGGGCAAAGCGCGUGGUUCUGGCUGGACAGGUAACUGAAAAUCCAUAUUCAACAGGGACUUUAAGACGUUGAAAAAGUAAAAAUGUUACUUAGUUCUGCUUUAAAAGGCUCAGUGUAGUAUGUUCUGUGAGCCCCUCCUACUGUGAACACGCAUUAGUGUAAUGUACAGUAAUCUUUAUUCAAAACUUACCUAUGGGCGUUUUGAACUGUGUUGAACUGAUGUUUCUUAAUCAAAACAGACCUGGAGUUGUGUCUUUUACCUUGGAACUUGUACUUGUACGUGUUUAUGCCUUCUCUAUCUUUAGACUUUUAAACUUUAGGUAGGGCUGAACGUGAAAAAUAUUGCAAUUUUUCUGAGGAUUUGAUUUUCAAUUUCUUUAGGAUUCUGUUCAAAAGGUCACAUUUUAAACACAAGGAUUUAGAAAAAGACUGAAAACGAAUACAAGAAUUCAUUUCAUUUUAGAUCAUGUACAGAUUUAAACUACAGGGUGAGCAGCUUUUAUGACGGGAUGUUGUUGUGUUUGUGGAGGAAAUGAUGGUACUUCAAAAACUGCAGCCUUUUUGAUUUGCUAAUGGGCUCUAUUCACGCUUACAGGAAGACGUUUGGAAACAUGCGGAUGAUGACUUCCGGUGUAGUUACCAUGGAUCAUUUAAAAUAAUUGGACAGGUUAUUGCUGCUUCACUUACUGGUGCUACAGCGAAAAAAUCCCCCCGAUUAGAGCCCGUAGCCGCGGGACCCGACACAAAACAGUGCAGCGCAGGACACAUUUUGAAAGCUCAUUGCAGACGUGAGCGGGAUAUUAAGGCUGCGUUCAGACUGAAGUGACCCAAAUCAGAUUUUUUGGCCCCUAUGUUCCUGUAUCUGAUCUUUUAAUGACAGUCUGAACCACACAGAUCAGAUUCUUUCAAAUGUGACCCAGGACACUUGGAUAUGUGCUCCUGAAACUGAUACAUAUCUGAUCUUUUGACAUGUGACUUCAGUCUGAACGGCCAAAGCUCAUUCAUCCACCUCCACGUUAUCAACAAGACACAAACGUCACUAGUCUGCGCUGAAGAAGGAGAAAAUUGUUAAUGAACUCAAGCGAAGCACAUCUCCACUCACCACUCUUGGCUCCGUCUCCACAUCCACACGUUCAUUUCAACGGACUGAACCACAAAACACCACGACCAAAAACCUCGUCCUUCUCAAUCUCCUCCUUUAAAACAAGUAAGUUGUUCAUGUUCUGGCUCCGGUACGAGAGGUACCAGGUAAAUCGGUCCAAAUUACCUUGCAUCAAUUAAAAAUUUACUUUUUAGUGCACGUUUUCUGAAAAUCUAUCUUGAUAAAGCCAAUAUUUAAUAUUUGGUGUGUCAUUUUUAAGGAUCUUAGCAAGAAUGAACACUGAUGGCUCAUUCUAACGUGUUAAACAUGCACAUUUUUAAAUUAUUCUCUUUAUUGAGCACCAGUCCCUCGAUUGGCCCUCUGCUUCGUCUGUGUUUAGAUAUGUGGACCUUGUUGAAAAAAGUUUGGACACACCUGCACUAGACGGUUUGUAAAACCUGGAAGUUGUAGAUCUCGCUCCGUCCAACCAGCUGUGAGCUGUGAGGCCAUGACGUCAAACUCGUGGCGUCUGUCUGGGUCCCUUUUGUGGAGCAGCACAACAGGAAACAAAGCGUCGAGAUGGAUGUAGACGAAGACAGACAUUCUGUGUUGGCGACGAUUCCCGAGAUUGAGGAUUUAAAGCCAGAACAAAGAGAAUGUUUGGUGAAUUUUAUCAAGGGCAAAGACGUUAUUGUCUUUUCUUACGGGAUUUGGCGCAUUACAUACGUCACGACCAAACAGCAGCAAUUGGUUAAAUAAAAAAAGUACCCGUCUACCGUCAAGCGAACGAACGAAUCCUAAUGCUGCGAGGUCACGCGGUUUCCAUGAAGUGAAACCGUCUGAAGAAUAUUUCACAUAGAGCGGAGUCACAAACUGCUCGUGUUACCUGACAAGGCACCUACAACUUUAAAAAAUGACGGAUUUAUGGCAAUUUUUACCUAUUUUUAGAUCAUGAACUUUUUCUCAGCUCAAAAUCCUCUCGCUCUGAAUCUGGAGACUUGUCCCAUUGAGCUCGGACCACGACUUGAAUGGGCGGCCAGAGGUUUUUAGAUCCCAGAGUUUGGUAGUUCCCGACUCUGGGCAUGUGAUAAAUCCAUGGAUUCAGCCGCAGCGUCUCCACAACUUGACAAAGCUUUCCACGGGGGACGGGACUCUAAUCUCGUCUUCUUUUUAUUAAGUUAGACAAAUUAAAAUACACAAAUUAAUAAGCAGUUUAUAAAAGGAAUAAAGAAAGAAUACAAUAACCCCUCCUCGCCAGCAGUCGCCAAAAGGAAGUCGUCAUCCUCAGGUUUCCAAACGUCUUCCGGUUUUGUGACGUGAGCGUGAAUAGAUCCCGUAGCGUCCGUUCACAUUUCGAUUGAGAUGAAUGUUGUAGCCCUACUCCACCAAAUCAUGAAAUAAUUUAAAAAAAAAACAUUUCAACUUGCCAUUUGCACUUUAAUUCUUUUCCCAAGGUGCUAAUAACGAUUAAAGAAAGGGUCCUGAGCCCUCUGGAUUCGCUUAAAUCAGACACUAUGUAAAUGCAGUGCUUUUUUUCUGCCCGUUAUUUACCUUUACUUUAUCUUACAGAGAUUUCAUAAAACUAGUAAUAAUAAUAAUAAUAUUCUAGAAGGUUAAAUGAUCCAGAUGUAAAGGUGCACUGUGUGAUCUUUCUGGAGAAGCGUCCACCACCUCCUUGUCUCUACGAAGAUGAUAUUUGAAGGUUCCACAGUUUGGUAUUGGUGUUAAACUCUAUUUGGAGACGGGCAGAUGACACUACCGGGCCAGUUACAGAUCAGUUCUAUGGAGAGGCGAUUCCGCUCCCCGUCAGUUUUUGAAGGGAUUUUUUGUGCAAUAUGAACCCCUGUGAGUAGGACUGAGACCCGACAAACCCUGAGAUCAGGUCCACGAGAAAGAGACAAGACGAGAUUUUGACAUAAUUUUUAAUAAAUAGUGCAAUCAUUUCACAAUUUUGGCUUCACUAUUUUUUAUUUAUUUUAUGCGGUUAUUGCACGUCUGCUUUUUGGAACUACAGCUUCUCAAAUGGCAUAACUAACUCACUUUGUUUUUUUUUUUUGUGAUGCCAAACAUAAAUUCAGGGGGAAAAAGUCCCUGUUUACCUGGGACAGUCCCGAAUCUGGCUUUGAUGCGGCGCGACUUGAGCGUUGAGGUGUCCACACUCUGGACACGGGUCGCGUCAACCAAUCAGGGACGAAUAUCCAGAGACGAAGCGACGUUUUCUGGAAGAAGAAAGAGAAAGAACUGGGGGUCGGGGCUGGGAGCCAGAAAUAUUAGCGGAGUAUAAAUAUAAACACGCUGCAACCUCCGAGCCGAUCACCAGGACUACACCAGGACUUGAUGAGGACUGGACCAAGACUAGACUAGGUCUAAACCAGGACUAAACCGGGACUGGACCAGGACGUAUUGAUAUUGAACGGUGAUUAACUGUUGCUGGAACUACUUGUGCGGUGAUACAAAAAUUAAACCCGUCCGUUAGCGUUAGAAUUCUUACUGACCCUGGUAUAAAUGUUAGUUCAUGUCACACUGCGGAACUUUUCUCCAUGGAGAUGUAACUGGCGGAUUCCCACUCCAAAAAGUUACACAGUGCAUCUUUACGAAUAGGAUUUUUUUGUUUGUUUUCUUUUUUGCCAUGUGUUCUGUCGUAAAAUGGUGAUGUUUCUUCUCACAGUAAGAUGUGACAACUGUGUUAAAGAUGUAAAUGAGAUUUCUCUGCCUGUGGUUGUAGACCGGGUACAGAAGUGGACUAAAGCUCCAGCUCCAGUCAAAUGAAGCUCACUGAGGCCUGUCGUUAUGGGGAAAGUUGGAGCCAGGUUACAUAUUUGGAUUAGGAAUGGAUUUACGGAGAAAAACGUGAAAUAAAAGCAUCAGGAUCAUGAAGAGAGAGUGAAUAUGAACAUUUUAAGACCAAAAUGACGAGGCUCACAGCAGCAGUUACAGACAGAAGGGGCGACGGUUUUUCAAUAGAAAGUGAAUUGGAGCCAGAGUCAGUGGAGCCGGAAGCGCGCCCAUGCUCAUUUCCUAUGUGCGGGUCCACUCUGUCCAUUUCUGUAUACAGUCUGUGCUUGUGACAUGAUUUAAUUUCUUUGCUGAACAUCAUGGACUUUACGGUUGUGUUCGGUUCGUUAUUGUCGACACUUUCUCUGUUUAUUUUGUAUUCACUUUUUUACAUUUUGAUAA